UGCCGGAACGGAAUUCAGUACUGGUAGUCUUGCAUCGACCGUAGAACCGCGUACAGGAAAGCAUUAGGCAUCAACGUAUAAUCGACAUUGCGAUAAAUUGCGGUAGUCUAUCGUCAGUGACAAUGAAGAAAUUUUUGUCGGUGCAGAUUUUGUAAAGCAAGUUGAAAUGGUGCAUUAGAAAUAGCGAAUGCGAUAACGUCAUACAAUAUGGAAUAGCUAGUGCGAUUCGAUUCAAACUUGCGGCUAUAAGUGUCACUGUGGGGCCAUAAUGUUUUGCUGCUGUAUCGGUAAUCGUUCCGACAAAGUCUCACCCGGAGAGUCAGUACAGCAGUCAACAUCUUCAUCGCCGAAUCGAGACGAUGCCAACAUACUUGACAAAAGCCGUCACUGCACCGAUUUGCUGUUCAUCGCGAUCAAAGCCGCCUUCAUAUUAAUACUGCUGGUGCUAAUUAUCUACUGCAUGGCAUUUGGAGACAUAUACCGGAUCAUAAAUGGAUACGACGAUUGUGCCAACGUGUGUGGACGCGACAAUAGGCCCGAUAAAGAUCUUUCGUGCAAGGGUACGGAUCGUACCGAGCAAAAGUAUUUGCUGGUCGAGUCUUCCGGUGUGUCUUCAGAUCUACAUCGACAGUGCGUGUCACGAUGCGAGGACAUCGAGGGAUACAAACCAUUUCUGAACCGGUGCAUUCGGAAAGACAAUCCCGCCGAAGAUGUCGCUACCCGUACCGGUUUGAGGAACUACUUCCAGGAGGUUUCCGAGGAUCUUGAAUCGUGCUACAUCGAGAUACUGUGGUUGUGCCUGAUAGCGUUCGUCUUCUCACUGUUGACGCUAGUUCUGCUUAGAUUUGUACCCGGUUUGAUAGUCUGGUUAGUGCUGUUAGCUGUUGUAGUCGUCUGCUCCGUUGGCACUCUCUGGUUGUGGCUGAAAUGGAACUUCGAAACGAGCAAUAUGGCUAAGGAAGCCAGCGAAGGAACUAAGAUGAGAAUCAACAAUUAUCUGUACUAUGCGAUAGCCGCAACAGUUGCCACGAUUCUCGUAUACCUGGUGAUACUCGUGAUGAGAAAAAGGAUUAAGCUGGUUGUGCAACUAUUUCGCGAAGCGGGGAAAGCCAUCUCGAACAUGCCGUUUCUUCUGCUGGAACCUAUUGUGACUUUCAUAUCCAUAGCCGUGGUCAUUACUUUGUACGUAUAUUUCACCAUGUGGAUCGAAAGUUCGGGAAUGUUGAAGGUAGAGAACAAUCAGAGCGCAAAGUACGAAAAGGAUUCGACAAUGCUCUUCACCCGAUGGUACAACCUGUUGGCUUUCUUCUGGAUCUGUCAAUUCAUAAUCGGAUGUCAACAUAUGGUCAUAGCAGGGGCAGUAGCUUAUUGGUUCUUCUCCCGCAAUAGAUCCAAUCUUGGAAACCCGAUUUUGAAAAGUUUCGGAAAUUUGGUGCGAUAUCACAUGGGAACUGUGGCCUUCGGUUCGUUCAUUAUAGCUCUAGUACAAUUUCUGCGCACCGUACUGAAAGCCUUGAUGUGUUACGUUCGAGAACAUCGGAAUAAAGUCGCUAACUGCGUUCACGACUGUUGCCAGUGUUGUCUUAAAUGUUUCGAACAGGUACUACAGUAUCUCACUCGGAACGCUUACAUCAUGACGGCGAUGCAUGGAGACCCAUUCUGCAAGGCUGGAAAAAAUGCCUUUCGUUUGCUGACCAACAACGCUCUGCGAGUGUUCGCAAUCAACUCGGUGGGUGAUUUUGUAUUGAUCCUUGCAAAAAUUUUCGUAGUAGCAGUUACCUGCCUAAUCGGGAUGGAAUUAAUUCAGAAGAAAAAUGGCCUCCAUCAUCCGUACGUGCCGAUCAUUCUGGUGGGAAUUUUCGCUUAUCUAGUGGCUCACUGUUUCAUGACUGUUUACGAGAUGACAAUCGACACAAUAUUCUUGUGUUUUUGUGAGGAUUGCGAAACCAACGAUGGCAUUAGCAAACCGUACUACAUGUCAAGGGGUCUAAUGGAAUUUGUACAGAACUCCAAAAAGGCAUUAGCGAUACACGACGGCCAAGGUGUUGGCAGCUUGCGCGAAGGAAAGGCAUGGACUGAUGAAGGAUCCAAAAUGAUACCAACCCAAACUAUUUCUGAGACUGUCGACUGAUAUAAGCCUGUAGUUUAUUUUUCUUACUUUUGUAUUACUAAAGUUGUCUUAUUUGUGUGAAUGUG